CGGAGGCAGAGGAUCGGGACGGGAGUGGGACGGCGCAGGCUGCAGGCUGGCCAUGAGCCCCCGUCCCACCGCCCUGCUGGGCCUCGUGUUCUGUCUGGGCCAGAUGAUCCACAGGCACGAGGGGGCCCUGCCCAAACCCUCCAUCAGCGCUGAGCCAGGCCCUGUGGUCCCCCGGGGACAGCCCGUGAGCAUCGUGUGCCGGGGCCCAGACAGGGUUGACAUAUUCCGCCUGGAGAAUGGAAGAUACAAUGUUUCAGAUCAGCAAGCUGUGUCUCAACCUGGUUCACUGGGGACAGAGGCCACAUUCCACUUCCCCGCAGCGAGCAAAGACACUGCCAGGAGUUACCACUGCCUCUAUAGAAAAGGGGGCACCUGGUCUGAGCGCAGUGAGCCCCUGGAGCUGAAGGUGACAGAGGACGUCCCCUCUUCACCCUCAGGCCUGAUGACGAAAUAUGUUUAUGUUCUUGUCGGGACCUCUGUGGUCUUUCUCCUGUGUCUCCUCCUCCUGGUCCUCCUCUUACUUCAUCGUGGCCGUCAGAAAAAACACGGGUCCCCGCACGGCAAAGGCAAGGAGCAGAGGCCCCAGGAGAGGCUCAGCCCGGCUGCUGACAUCACAGAGAGCACACCAGAUGUGGCCACAGUCUGCAAACUUCCUGAGAAAAAGAGGGAGAUGCACAGCCCAAGCCCUGCUGCAGAAGACACCCAGGAGGUGACAUAUGCCCAGCUGGACCAGCAGGCCCUCACCCUGAGAGCAGCCCAAGCUGUGUCCCCACAGCCCACAGAGCCCACUGCUGAUUCCAGCGUGUACGCAGCCCUUUCCAGACGCUGA